CUGACAGGGAGGAAGAUUGUUUGUAAACAAAACAAUCUUCCUCUCUGUCGGAGAUGCUCCAUAAUCACCAGGCACCGGCGGCACAAACAUGCUGCUUUGUAUGUUUACAUAGUAAACACACACACAGCACACUAUGUAAAACACAACACACUGUUAACCCUUUGAUCACCCCAGAUGUUAACACCCUUUCAGGGUUGCCCAGUGUCAUUAGUACAGUGACACUACAUUUUUAUUAGCAGUUAUCACUGUAUUUAGUAUCAGGUAGGGGAUAUCAGUGGCAGUUAAUCAGUUCCCACUCGGUGUCAGAAUGCCGGCCGCAGUCCCACU